CCGAACUGUCACUUUUCGUACGACAGAGAAUAAACAUCGUGGAUGGAGUGUUUAUUUUAAAACUUUAUUCUUGUAAAUAUUUUUCCAGAAAAUGGACGAUAUUUGUCGUCUAUGCUGUUCUUCAAAAUUUGUCAAUAAUUACAUUUUCGAUGACGAGAACGCUCUGUUUGUAAAAAUGUCGCUGUACUUGCCAAUUAAGGUUUUUAGGGACGACAAGCUUCCUCAGAAGAUAUGUGACCGCUGCAGCUGCAAAGUGAACGAUUUUUACCAGUUUUGCAACGAGACCAUCGAAGUUCAAAACAGAUUGAAAGGCCUGUUACAAGCAAAUAUUCCUGUGAACCGAUCAGUUGACCUGACAGUCAUCAAGCAGGACACAGACUUCCCAGCACCGGUGCUGCUAGUUGAGAAGAGCACACAGACAGACAGCAUUGAGAGUGUCGCUGGACAUGUGAAGCCUGAGCCAGUCAGCUCACCGAGGCCUUCUGUUUCACCAAGCGUUAUUAAAAAAGAGAAUUAUGACUCUGAUGACUUUGCUUCACAGGAUGUGCCUUCAGAUGAUAGUGAAGAUGAGCUACUAAUAGAACUUAAGAAAAAGAAGAGAGGCAGAAAGCCAGGCAGUAGGAAUGGAGAAGUUAAAGAGAUCAAAAGAGGGAGGAAGAAGAAGGAGAAACACGUCAACUGGGAUCUAAGAGCCAAGGGAAAUGGCCAAGUACUUACAGAUAACGGGUUCAAUGACACAGUGGUGGUGAAGCAGGAGCUGGACUACAAGACAGAACUUAGUGCUGUGCUGCUGGGCGUCAAGUGCAAGCAGGAGGGUGCAUACUGCUGCUGCAUGUGCUUCGAGGAGUGCAGCACGAGGCCAGAGCUGCUGCUGCACUACCAGACGCACGCGCGAAAGGCGGAGGCAGACGAGUUAGCGCCGCCGCCGGCACUGGGGGACUCCCCUCGGUGUUUGCGCUGUCAGAAGGUGGUUCCAGCGUCUCAGUGGGCGGACCACUGGCGGCGCCACUACGCGCGCGACAUCCGCCCCUACCACUGCGCGGUGUGCUUCCGCGCCUUCCGAGACCACUACCAGAUACUUAAACAUGGGUUGACGCACACUGCGGAGGAGCUACGCGCGGACAACGACGGCGCGGAGGACGCCAACGCGGACGCGUCGCAGAAACGAUUUGCGUGCGACGUGUGCUCCGAGGGGUUUGUGUAUAUGAGAUGCCUGCUGUCGCACCGCACGCGCUCGCACCCGGAGGCGGCGGGGCGCGCGCUGCGCCUGCGCUGCGCGGUGUGCGCGCGCACGUUCGCGCACGCCAACUCGCUGCGCCGGCACCUGCGCGUGCACUCGGGCGAGCGCAACUUCCUGUGCAGCGUGUGCGGCAAGGCGCUCUCCUCGCGCGAGCACCUCAAGUUCCACCUGCGCAUCCACACCGGCUACAAGCCCAACGUCUGCAAGACGUGUGGCAAAGGGUUCGUGAAGAAGUGCAACCUGACGUUGCACGAGCGCGUGCACUCGGGCGAGAAGCCGCACGUGUGCUCGCACUGCGGGAAAGCCUUCUCGCAGCGAUCCACGCUCGUCAUACACGAGAGGUACCACAGCGGGGCUCGUCCCUACUCGUGCGGCAUGUGUGGACGCGGCUUCGUGGCCAAGGGGCUACUGUCGAUGCACCUCAAGAGCGCCUGCGUGACCCUGCCGACCCCCGCCAACCCGCCCGGACCCCCGCACCAGCCCAUUGUCACCUGCCACAGACUCAGUUCGCGGUAACAGCGAGGAGCAAGCACAUGCCACCUUGUCACACCACAUUGUCAUAUUUUGUCACAAUAAUUUAGAUAUGCGUAUUCAUAGGUGUAGAGGAUACUAUAGUGAAAAAGCACAGUUAUUCAGUAAAGGCGUUUGGAUUCUUCCUGCCACUUCUGGUUUGGUAUCACUUGUUACUAGGGCAGGAGUUCCUACAAGCAGCGGCGCCAGAAUUGAUCGGCCAGGAGCUGCUAAAUGCGCUGCUUCCUCAGGGAAAAGUCGGAGUUGUCAAAUACUUUACUGAAUAACCGUGGUCUUUCACUAAAGUAUCCUCUAUAGGCUCGAGGCACAUUAGCACAGAGUAGAGGCGCAGCGCUGAUUCUUCUAAGAUGUUCCAAACUGUACUGAUUUGCAUGAAGCAAAAUGAAAAAGAGGUGUGAAUGCGCCGAUUUGUUAGCAAAAUUCCUAAAACACGUAUUUCUUUAUAAUAUUUAAUCAAAAGCCCGAAUACCAAUUUCCAUGUAAAUAACUUGAGAAUGAUUAAGAAUGUACAAUGUACGAGUAAGUCCGUCAUUUUUCAAGUACCUAUGUAAGACUGUCACAUUCACAUCCUCUUUUUGACCCCCUUGGCGAUGGAACUUUCAAAAAUCGUUUCUUAGGGAGUGAGUGUCUACUUCAUAAAAGGAACUUAGUGUCAAAGCUUCAAGUUUCCAAACCCUGCGGUUUAAGCGAUGAAAGAUCAAUGUUCCCUUGACCACCGCGGCAGCGACGACCAAUCGUAACGGAGACUAGCAAAUAAAAGUUGCAUAAUGCAUACACUGGUGUACUGUGUAUUCCCUCACUCUCGUAGUCCAAUGGAACGGUGAUCCGACACAGUAAGGAACAUACAGACAGAUAGGCAAACAUGAUUUCUUGUAUAUAAGAUUUAGAGUUCUGUGGUGGUGAUGUUUAGAACUGAAAAAAUUUCCUAUCAACAUUACCUCGUAAUAUUUUAACGUUAAAAAUUGUUUUAAAGUAUAUUUUUUAUAUUAAUAAUAAAAGGUAAUAUUAUUAAAUAAUGUAUGCCGGCGUAUCGGUGUUUUAGAGGUAGGCGAGGUAGAGAAGUAGGUGUUGGUUUCCAAAACCUGUCCACAAAAUUUCAUUGAUUUCGGUUGCGUGAUAUUCAAAUGAGAUGGAACUACGUUUGUAUGGAGUGACGGAGAGUUCUUUCAAUUAAGCAAUAGUUAAAUAAUUUUUAAAUACAUAUCGAAAAUUGCGGAAACGGCAGGAUUCGAACCUGCGUGUUCUAGGUGGCAUUAACAGUCGCUGUGUCUCUAACAGUCAUAUUAUGCAUCACCGUCACUGGCAGUAGGCGAAACCGUGGCUUAGCGCUCAGAGCGUCAGGCGUGAACCCAGAUUUCCGCAGAUUGGUUCCACAGUUUUUGAUAUGUGUUUAAAAAUUUCCUUACAGUGUAGCUAAAACACUAUCAUAAACAUAAUAAUUAAUUGGUAAAUGACCUACGUACUAACAAGUGCCUCAAUUUGUGAUACAACCCCGUGUUUGUACCAGUGAUGUAGAAGUUAGGAUAUAAUUUUAGAAUAAUGAAUUCAUGUAAAUCUUUGAAAGUAUACUGUACCUAAAUAAGGAAAGAUUAUGUUGAUUUGUAUGAUAAGCGCAAAUAUAUUGUAGUUGUAAAGAAUGUGUUGCAUCAUUGUGAAUUGUUUUAAUAAAUUAAUUUAAA